CCCCUGGCAGUAAGGGGUAAGGGGAGGUAACACAAGGGGAGCUAGGGGGUAAUAUAAGGGGGUAAGGGGAGGUAGGUAUCAACAACACAGUGACGCCUGGCUGGGACGCUCUCAAACAAGCGGCUGGCACCAUGGCGUGGAGGUUUAAAGUAAGCAAGUACAAGAACGCCGCGCCGCUCCUACCGAAGAAAGAAGAUUGGGUGAGCGACAUCAAGGUCGGUGCACCCCAGUCCUGCGGCAACCACAUCAAGGCUUCUGCCGCCUUCAUUGCCUUCAAUGUGGAAAAUAGAGGUGGUGGAAGUCUGGGCAUUGUUCCGCUGGACUACAAAGGCCGAGUGGACCCCUCAACUCCCCUCAUUCACGGCCAUUCAGACUUGAUUACAGACUUUGACUUCUCACCCUUCGACGACGGCAUCCUUGCAACGUGCUCCACUGAUGCCAAUGUAAGAGUGUGGCAUAUUCCAGAGGCUGGCCUGACCGAGAGUCUGGCCAAUGCUGAGUAUUCACUGCCUCAGUUUGACAAACGAGUCGAGAAUGUGCUAUUCCACCCGACCACGGAAUUUCUGCUCACGGUGGCGUAUUUUGAUACCAUCAAACUGUGGGACAUCAAGCAUGAGAAAGAAAUUUUUAGCUUCAGCGGACACGAGGAUCAGGUGCAGAACACCAGCUGGAACGGUAACGGCUCCCUCUUUGUUACCACUUCCAGGGACCGCACCAUCCGUAUUAUUGACCCUAGGGCUGAUAAAGUUGCCUACGAGGCCGAGAGCCACAAGAGUCCCAAAGACUCAAGGGUGGAGUGGCUCGGUCACAGCGAACGCAUCUUGUCCACUGGCUGGGACGGUUCACGUGUCAGAGAGGUUAGACUGCGAGAUCUGCGCAACUUCUCCAAGCCUUACAAAAUUCAGGGCUUUGACUCCUCAACUGGCAUUUUGAUGCCGCUAUUUGACGUAGACACCAAUAUGCUGUUCCUGGCCGGCAAGGCCGACGUCAGCAUCAUGUAUUGGGAAGUCACCGAGAAGGAGCCUUUCCUUACCGAGGGCCUCAAGCAUAAUGGUUCAGUGCAGACCAAAGGGGCGUGUCUGGUGCCGAAACGUGGCCUCGACGUCAUGAACGGUGAGGUGAACCGGGUGCUGCAACUCACCUCCAAUGCCAUUAUCCCCAUCACCUAUCAGGUGCCUCGCAAGACAUACAGAGAGUUCCACUCUGACAUCUUCCCGGAGACUCACGGCUACGAGCCCUCGACGACGAUCUCCCAGUGGCUCGGAGGUGCUAAUGUCUCUGUGAAAACUAUCUCUCUCGACCCAGCCAAGCGGCCAACACCCAAGUUCCAGAUUCACCGAGGGCCGUUAAGCAAACGAGAAGAACACAAGCCUCCCGAAGUUGUUGACGUGCCAGUACCAGCUCCGAGGUCGUGGAUCUCCAACGGGACGGAGAACAAGCCCAUUAGUGAAGUGCGGCCGACGCUUUCCAAGCCGAUGGUAGCAGUAAAGCCCAGCUUCAUGCCUGCUAAGCCGAGCCCAAUGCCCAAGCCCGCUGUGCGUUCCAGCUUUCCCCUGCAGGAAAACAAAAACCUCACUAACGAGGACGACCCCUCAGCUGACGCCCCUGUUAAGAACAACCUGGCGCAGCUCCGUAAAAAUUUUGAGACAAACAAAGAGGAAACCGACGGCAGUGUAGGUGGCAAGUGCAUAGAGUCCGAGGAGGAGACGAAACCUCGGGGUAUAAGCAUCUCUCAGCUGCGCAAAACUUACGAGGCUAAAGAAGAGACUCAGGAGAUGGUGGAGGAGACAGAUGAAGAUGGCAGCUCCAAGCUGGCCUCCAUCAGGAAGGCCUUCGAGUCACGCUCCGUCUCCAUGGACGAGAAGAUGGUGGAGCGGAGAUGGGAGGAAGUGAGGCAGGAGAAGACCAUACAGGAAGAGGAGAAAGAGAAUGUUGGGGAGCAACUGACCGUGCGUGACAGCAGUCGCGUCAUUGCUGCCGAGAGAAGAAAAACAUUCGAGCAGCGGAUGGUUAGCGUGGACGACAAGCCCGCUUCUCCGACCCCAAGGAGAGCAACCGUCACACGUUCCUUCCGACGUAUAUGCAAAUUCCGCCAUUUAAAAGGAACGCCGGGACACAAGAGCACGUGCAUUGAGAAUUUGAGAGACCUGAGCCGAACAACACCAGGAGAAUGUGAUGGAAUGGCAGCGAACUCUGAGUUUGUGGUGUUGCCGCUGAGUGGCCCGGGCGGCAAGCUGUCGGUACUGAAGCACAAGAAGGGUGGCCGCCAGCCAGAUGGCGUCAUACCCUCUCUCAUGAACACUGCCAAUGUCAUGGACUUCGCCUUUGACCCUUUUAAUGAACACACACUGGCUGUGGCAUGUGACGACGGCAAGAUUCACCUGUGGCACAUCCCGGAGGGCGGCUUAACCCAGCACAACGAGCCUAAUGAAACUUUUAUGGACAUUGGUUCGGCAGACAAGGUAACAAUACUGAAGUGGCAUCCCCUAUCAGCGGGGAUCCUGGCCGCCGCCUGCGGCGACCUCACCAUAAAGGUGUGGGACCUUCACAGCCAGAGUGUUGCCAUCACUCUACCUAGUCAUCCAGACCAGAUAUUUUCACUGGCGUGGAGCCCGUGUGGACGCUACCUGGCGACCAUGUGCCGUGACAGUCACAUUCGUAUUUACGACCCACGGCACUGUACUGAGCCCAUCCAGACAGGCAAUGGUCCAGUCGGUGUUCGGGGCGCCAGGGUAUUAUGGGCACUAGGUGGCAAAUACCUAGUAACAGUAGGAUUUAGCAAGGUGUCUGAGCGGCAGAUCAGCGUGUACAAAGCGACGGAGCUGAACAAACCCUGCAACACAGUGGUCAUCGAUAUAAGUCCCGCCAUGCUCAUCCCCUUCUACGAUCCUGACUCUUCUACACUCUUCGCCACUGGUAAGGGCGACAGCACCAUCUAUGCCUACGAGAUCGGCACCGACUACCCUCACCUCUUCCCUCUCUCGCAUCACAAAUGCGGCAGUGUGCAUCAGGGCUUGGUUAUGCUGCCGAAGAUAAUGUGUGACGUGCGCCAAGUGGAGUUCUGCAAAGCUCUGAGACUUACGUCGUCCAUUCUAGAACCUCUCUCCUUCACCGUGCCCAGAGUUAAGACGGAGCUCUUCCAAGACGACAUCUUCCCGCCAACGUUCGUCAGCUGGGAGCCGGUGAUGACAGCAGCCGAGUGGCUGGGAGACACUAACCGACCUCCUCGUACACUCUCCCUCCAGCCGUCUGACAUGCUCACCUUGUCUGAAAGUCGAGAGCAGCAGUCGCCGGUGUCACAGCCCAACAGUGGCGGACACAUACGCCAUGAGACGCCUCCCUUCCUCAAGGGCAUGGUGCCCAAUGAAGUGCGACAAACACAACACAAGAACCUCAGUAUCCCCGACGAGGUGCUGGAGACUCAGAGUCGGCUGGAGGAGUCGAUGAGUCAGCAGAUGAACCAAGUCUCCAAAACCUUGGAACAAGACCGGAUGGAAGGGGUCGACUCGACCGAGUGGGAGGACUAGAGUGAGUCUGCUAGUGGAGGAGGCCGGCAACAUAUCGUGAUAAGAGCAACAACCUUGCAACGUUGCACUGCAUCAUGCCCCAACGUAGCAUUAGUGUUUUGUACUGGCAGUGUCUUGCAAGAUAACCAGCAGUAUACUGGCAGUGUGUCACAAGAUCAGCAGUAUACUGCAGUAUGUUACAAGAUCAUCUGUGGUAUACUGGCAGUAUAUAACAAACUCACCUGCAGUAUAAAUGAGAAGCUUUUGAGAGACAAGUCGAAGGACAGUUGAUUGUUCUAUUUUUUAUUUUAGUUCCUAUUUUGUCUGUUUUAAGACUGCCUCCCCUAUUAAUGUUGACCCCAUUUUCUCAUUUUCAGAAUAUAUUGAUUAUAUUUCUCUUUUAUAUUAAUAAUUUGGGAUAUGAAACAAAUUAGGAAUAUCAGCAGCAUCACAAUAGUUGAAUUUCUAUAGUGUUUUCGAAAUGACACGUGAUUUUAAUCCUGUCCAUCCACCCUAUUUCUACAUCCCAAUUUAUUUUAGAUAUGACGAUUUUAGAUGAGGCAAAAGCUGAAGGAUAAAGUUUUUAUGAUUUUACGUAGAAAUGUAUAAUGGGAGGCAGAUGUAUGCAUUGUGUGUGUGUAAAGCUUGAUUCAGUUGGACUAAAACACAGCACAGCAUCAUACACUAGGACUCAUUUCAUUUACGAGAAGCACUGAAGCUGUGCGGGUGAUUUAGAGCAAGGAACCGUGUGGGCUUGAACCUCCGUUUACCAAACUGCAAGACAGAAACACUGCCCAACUGUAUUCACUUACCUGUAAGAAGAGUAUCAACCUUACACCUGUAGUUUCCAAAUGAUGAUAUUAAUGUAUUGAUAAUAAUACACUUCAAUGCCUUGUUUAAUGUUGUGUAAGUAUAAUGUAAGAGUAUCCUUUGUUCCUGUAAGAAAACUAGAUGGUGUUUGACAGAGGGUAAGGAAUGGUUUUCCAGAUAUGCUGCUUAGUGGGCAAGGUAUUGCAAAAUUGAUCUUUUGUUUAUAGGGCCAAGAGUAAACUCUGAAGACAGAUUUAAUCAUUGAUCUUUUUCAAAACUUCCUCUUGGGUUGGCUGAUGAUGUCGAGCUUCCUGCGAGAGUUGUUCGUACUGUGUGCGUUGCAUCACAGACUUUCACGAUAUUGUGAGAGCUGCAGAUACUCCCAGUGCGCUCAGUUUGUGUAAUGGAGUUUGGUGUAUUCUCUCAGCAGUUACCGUGUCUUGAAUAACUGUCAGGACCAGUGGUGUAUGGUGGUUAUUGUCACUGUGUGUGUGCUACCAUGCUGAACCUACUCUGGCAUAUUACUCAUACCUGGAGUAUAUCUGGAGAGGAUUUCGGGGUCAAUGCCCCCGUGGCCCGGUCUGUGACCAGGUCUCAGGGUGGAUCAGGGCCUAAUCAACCAGGCUGUUAUUGAGUGAUCUUAAAAUUUAUAUUGAAUUUACCAUCUUUGGUGAGUGUGUAGUACUCACCUAGCACACCCAGAAUGUACACCCCUGGUCAGAACACUUAAUGUGGACUGUAUGCAUUGAUCCUUCAUCGUAGACAGUGACUACAAAUAUAGAUGCAUACCAUACAAAUAUCACAGAUGUACAAGUACAUACAACUGAAUCAGAGUUCUUAAUGCUCCUCCAGUACUAUUUAUGAGGAAUGUACAUGUGACACAUUCAAUAUUACCUUUCACAACAGUUUUGUAUGGUUGGUCAAUUAUGUGUCUUUCACCGCAAGCAUUCACAUGCUGUCUAUAGUCGUGUUUGUAUUUUCAUGCCAUUGCCGCCGCACUGACCAACACAUUUACUUGGAGGCCAAAGGCGUUAAAUGCCUGUCAUUUUCAUUUUCUGUGUAUUUAUAUGAAGAAAAGCUAGAUUUUGAGAUGGUUGUCGAUAUAGAAGUGUCCGGGCUGGUGUUCGUUGUGUCGGACAAGUCAGGUCUCAAGUCAUCCAAGUACAAAGAACAGUUUUCUUAGGUGUUAACGACCAAUGCAUCAUCUUGCCUCAUUUCUCAGAACCCAAACAACAGUAGUAGUCUUUAUUGGGGCUGUUGAACUCGCAUAUGAAGACUUAAAUUUAUCAGUUUUCAUAAGCACAAUACAGGAGGGACUUGCACAUCCAGCUUCUUCUUUUUUCUGUGUUCCACAAUAUCAUUGUCUUCAAAUUGAGCCAUUGUUUGUGGUCUACCUGCCAGCGACUUUCACCAGCAGUGGGACAGUGUCUCAUUUGAAAGCCAACAAAAACGUGGAGGAACGAAAAGCAGUCCUGUACAUGCGGCUGCCUCCUGUAUUUGGUUUGGAGUCUUUGAAAUUUUGAGGCUGUGGUGUGUAGCUUGAGAUCUUGCAUAUUUUUCUGCAGGUGUUACUGAAAUGGUGCUUUAUUUAAUUUGUUCAGAUGUGAGCAUGACAGGAGAGGUUAUGCGUAAGCAGGUAGCAGGCCAUAGUAGCUAUGAUAUCCAGUAGGCAAUAUAAACACCUGCUGUUUCAAACACACUUUUCUAGCAGUGAUGAAUGUGCCAUUAGUGGUGCUUAACUUUUUAACUCGUUUAAACCACUUUUUUAUAUGUCUUUAAUUUUUAUCUACACAAUUUUCACUGUGAAUUUGAUCGUGUGUGACCUGAUGACUAGUGUAUGAGAGGUCGAGCAACUGAGGCUUUGUGUUUGACGACUUGUGGUGAAUGUCACUUGUGUCAUGGCAAGACAUGUAUUUAUUAUAUUAUGCAAGAAAUGUGUCAAUAGAUACGUUAAGGCUGCACAUAAAAGACAUGGUGAUCCAAAUCGGUGGUAACAUUGCUGUCAUAAUGUGUGAAAAACUUGUCAUUGCUUAGUGAAUCAGCAUUAAGUUUACUUGAAUUAAUAAUUACAUGCAACGAAGCGUAUCAGGAGACCAGACAUUUAGGUGAACGAUGUGUAAUAUAUCGUAGAGCUGCACAACAUACAAGAUUGCAUGUGCUGGCUUAGCCUGGGGUAGAACUGCAGAUGCAGCUGUAGUUAGCAGGAAACAACUGCAGAUGCAGCUGUAGUUAGCAGGAAACAACUGCAGAUGCAGCUGUAGUCGGCAGGGAAGAACUGCAGAUGCAGCUGUAGCCAGCAGGGAAGAACUGCAGAUGCAGCUGUAGUCAGCAGGAAACAACUGCAGAUGCAGCUGUAGCCAGCAGAGAAGAACUGCAGGUGCAGCUGUAGUCAGCAGGGAAGAACUGCAGAUGCAGCUGUAGUCAGCAGGGAAGAACUGCAGAUGCAGCUGUAGUCAGCAGGGAAGAACUGCAGAUGCAGCUGUAGUCAGCAGGGAAGAACUGCAGAUGCAGCUGUAGUCAGCAGGGAAGAACUGCAGAUGCAGCUGUAGUCAGCAGGGAAGAACUGCAGAUGCAGCUGUAGUCAGCAGGGACUGUAGUGUGGUAUUAUUUAGGACAACAGCCGAGUUCAGUUCUUGGCUGCAGCUGUACAGGAAACAGCACAUGUUGCUAAGUCUGUGACAGAUUAACUUUGUAUUGACCUUAUCUUUAAAAAGAACAAAUGUCCAUACUGUGACUGAAACAAUUCACUAUUAACUGGUAUUGGUCCAUCCUGGACUAUUAUCUCAUCACAUCUUGGUAAUAGUCGGUCAGUGCCUGGAAUCUACCUGGAGGCGUUAUUGGCAGUCAUGGGAAGAGCCCAGCCUAUGUCUGCUUCCUGCUAAGCCUAGUUGAGUUCUGAGAGGUAGGCCACAGGCCUAGCUGGCUGGUUAGAACGGGCUGUCACAUGAUGUCAGCACGCCAAGGGAGCCUUACUAUAAAUGGUACUAGGAAAUCUAUAAUUACACUGUUAACACGGGGAUCAACACUCUCGUGACCCGGUCUGUGUCCAGGCCUCCUGGUGGAUCAGAGCCUUAUCAACCAGGCUGUUACUGCUGGCUGCACGUAGUCCAGUGUAUGAAUGUACUGACCAGCACGGUUGAAAUUUUCCUUUCCAUAUUGCGUGUUAAUAGUAAACUUUUUUUAAGCUGGUUUUUGUAUUUUAAAAAUUUUAAUUUUUAUAUUGGCUUCAGUGUUUCACUAUCAAGAUAAAUCAUUUGUACCAUUUGUGUGUCGGACUAAGAUACAGAUUAAUCAGAGAUUAAAUUAUAUUUAUUGGUAGCAUUUAUUGAUAUUUUCUAGAAUUGUAUUUCUUAUUCCUACGGAGUGCAAUAGCUUUGUCAGGUUUUGUUGUACAGUAGAACCCCCGUAUCUGCAGAUUCAGUUUCUGCGGUUUACCGUGGCUUGAAAGUAACCCUUAAUUUAAUGGCCCCAGAGAGUAAAACUAGUGAUGGCAGCUCUUCAAAGCCUAAGAGAAGCUGUGAAGUUCUUCCCAUCAGUGAAUAAGUGAUAAUUCUCAACUCAUUUUGCGUAUUUAUCAAUUAAAGUUUAUCGUAGGUACGUAUAUAAACCAAAAAAUUAAUUAUAGGGUUGGCGACUAUCCGAGGCUUCAGACACUCAUGGUAGGUCUUGGAAUGUAUCCCCGUGGAUACAGGGGAAACUACUGUAUAUUAUCUCUCAGAAGUUGCCUUUAAUAUCUCUUAUUAUUACUCAUAUACAUGGCAUUUGUGUUCAUGUGAAGGCAUAUCUAUUGUCAAUUUCUGUUUUUUUCCUCCAUGAGGUCCCAGCCUAAGGCCAGGAUUCUCUGAACAGAAGUGAAGUGUAGAAUGGAGACAGUAUUAUAGAAGGCGGGUCCUGUACUAGGCAGGUACCUCUGAGAUCAAACCUCACUCAUUACUGCAGGGAUUCCUUGUUGAUUGUUGUGUCAACCAGGCUGUUGCUGCUAGUGGUCAGUUUUACAUAAUUAGGUACAGUACUUGAAGCAGUUAGUGGUUCAGUUUUGCUUAGGAAAAUUUCUGUGUUCCAGCAAAAGUACACAAUCAGGAGGUGAGAAGCUGCAGCCAGAUUUAGAACCCUCAGGUAUGUGAUGACAUUACUCAUGAAAUCGUAAAGACACGAUGGCAAACACCAUACGACUCUCUAACUGUGGGUUCAAGCCCCGCUCAUGGUAUGGUUUAUGUGAUGAUAUUGUAUGUACUAUGUACGUAGAGAGGUGUGUAUCUCUUAAUGUAUACCAAGAGGUGUAUAUCUUUACCUCAGGGACCGAGGUAUUCUAGACUGGUGGUGUGCAGGCGACAUGCAUUCUUAAUAAGCCUUGUGUAGUAAAAAGGCUUUACACCUAAUAAACCAGCCACACAGGCGUAUGGUGUGACCAAGACGUGGGUUGUAUGAACCAUUUGCUGUAGGAUAUGCUUCAUCAAGCAGUAGCACAGUAGUGUGUACAAGAGAUAUGUCAUUAGGAAUAUGUGUGGAUGCAUGAUAUGAGGGUUCCAGGCUCUGAGAUAGCCUGUGUCCAGCCAGAUUUGGAGUCAUUAGGGGGACCAUAACGAACAUUGAAGGGUGACGUUAAACUAUUUUAAUAACAAAAAAAGGCACAAUACCGUGACUGGAACGAUACACAAAUAACCCGCACAUAAAAGAGAGAAGCUUACGACUUGUUGACUUUGUCAAUGGUCCAAGUCAGACCGAAACGUCGUCGUAAGCUUCUCUCUUUUAUGUGCGGGUUAUUUGUGAACUAUUUUAAUCACCUGAAGUAGGGAAACAUUGUUUACUAGUGCAGUACACACCAGGGGUCCCCAACUCACAAACGUAGCACAGUACAGGCUUUCGCAUUUGCAGACGAGGCGCUUAGAAACCCAUUGACAUUUCACAACAUGAACUACAGUGCAAACACAAAACAAGACCUGCCAAUUUUAGGACUGGCCAUGGAUUCGUACGCUUGCCUAUGUCCUAAGGUACUUACAAUCAUGUUAGUGUACUGUGUUAUUUCUUGCUGCUCAUCCUUUGUUUUCCAUACAAACAACUUGUUUGUGAGUUGAAACAUCAGGAACACUACACGUUUGUAAGUUGAAACAUCAGGAACACUACACGUUUGUAAGUUGAAACAUCAGGAACACUACACGUUUGUAAGUUGAAACAUCAGGAACACUACACGUUUGUAAGUUGAAACAUCAGGAACACUACACGUUUGUAAGUUGAAACAUCAGGAACACUACACGUUUGUAAGUUGAAACAUCAGGAACACUACACGUUUGUAAGUUGAAACAUCAGGAACACUACACGUUUGUAAGUUGAAACAUCAGGAACACUACACGUUUGUAAGUUGAAACAUCAGGAACACUACACGUUUGUAAGUUGAAACAUCAGGAACACUACACGUUUGUAAGUUGAAACAUCAGGAACACUACACGUUUGUAAGUUGGGAUACUCCUGCAUUAUGAUGUGACUUAAUUCUUUGUGAGAAAGUCAUAGAUCUGAUAAGAGAAAUUUCCAGUGUUAAAUACAGAAGUCAUGGAAGCAGUAACAAAGAAAAACUGCCAUUUUCAUAAAAUAUAUUUAUACACUUGAAAUCAGAGAGGCUUAUGUAAAUUAAAAUUGUGGGAUUUGUUAUGACAGUUUUGAUUUUGUAAUUGUUUUUGUAGUGCUGCUUCCAUUGAUAUUUUUUAAGGUGGGGAGGGACAAAUUAUUUCAUGACAGGGGAUAACCGGUAAAGUUUGGCAAUGCAUUGCAUUCUGUUUUGCCAUCGUAGGAGCUGACAUUGCGAGGUGAUGCAUCACCGUGUUGCAUAGUGUGCAAUAAAGCAUUGAUUGGCAGCGGCACUGAAAUUCCACAUACUUUUUACUUGCCAUACAUUUUUCUUUACAAGGUUUUACAUGCAGCCAGAUUAUGACACAAUUGAAGCUGGAACAUUUGAUCAAUUUUGUGCGUGUUAAAUCUGCACGACUUAUUUUGUGCCCGACUCAAAGAUGUAAUUUUGGAUUUUUUGCUCCUGGAUAAAAUGAAGGAUUUUUUUCUGAGCAUACUGGCUGUUUCCCACCAUCAUUCACACAUAUCACUGCCCCGUACAGUUUACUAAAAACAAAAAGAAUGAAAAUAUGAGUGUGGGUUAAAUCUGAAGUUUGGGAGACAUUAAUGUGUAAGAUUAUACCCAAAGAAGAUACCAGUUGCGCAUCGUUCGUGCUGAUGCGUGACAUUUCUGCUAGGUCAUGGUGAAAUAUUUGCUAUACAUUCAAAUACCUGUACAUGUAUGUGCCAAGCUUGUUGACAUAGUUUGAUCAUUUUUCAAUGGGACAUUUAAGCUAGUCAUGUUUGCUUUUUAUUAUUUGAACUGUCGACGAGCUCUCCAUUAUGUUUUUAGUUUGUUCUAAGGAGUAACGAAAUUUACGUUUUCUCUCGUUAGUCACGUAUUCACCUUCAGAACAUCUUGACAUUCGGACCUGUUGUCCGAAAUACUCUGCAUAACCAGGGACUUUCCACACAUAUUAAAUGUCACAACUUUACAAAAAGCUAUUGUAUCAUGGAUAUAAAAUAUUUAUUUUAUGACCGGCAAUAUGGAAAAAGUCUGCAGACAUAAUACUGUUACCCCGUGUGGUUGUGCAAACGUGAUUCAGAAGGACUUUAGCUUUAUCGCCAUUAAUGGAAUUAGCCAUAGGUAGACAUAGGUACCUGCUACUGACGGCUGGGCUCAUGGCUUGCAAUUCCUGCUUAUAGAACCACUUUGCUGAGUAAUCAAGACUAGUGCUGUUUGCUGCUUAGUGAAAGAAAGCUUACUCUUUUAUUUUUUUAAACUGGCCAUAUCCCACUAAGGCCAGGUGACCUGAAAAGAAAACUGAAAGCUUCUCUUUUUAAAUUAGUAAUGUAUACAGGAGAAGGGGUUACUAGCCCCUAGCUCCCGGCACCCUAGUCGCCUCUUACAAGCAUGGCUUACAGAGGAAGAAUUCUGUUCCACUUCCCCACAGAGAAAAAAGCUUACUGUGAUUAUUUGUAAAGUAAAAGGACACAAGUGCAACUAAUGUGACAUUUCAUUGUGGCAACGUUUUGCGAAACGUUGCCACAAUGAAAUGUCACAUUAGUUGCACUUGUGUCCUUUUACUUUACAAAUUGUUGGUAAUUCUACCAACAUUAUUACAUUGUGAUCAUUUAUUUGGUAGGAUUCAUCCUGUUAGUCUCGGGAUUUGGUUGUGAUUCAUUUGUAAUCCAAAACAAAUUAUGUUUUUCUAAAUGAAAUUAUUUAAUAUCUUCAGAAGUGCAGUAACUUACUCAGGAAUAGAAUGUCAUCAGCCCAGCUGUUCGCUAGUAAUAUUUUAGCUGUACAUUCGUAGAUAAUGUGUACGAUAAACGUACUGUAGUUUUAAAAUUACUCCGGUUAACCUCAUUUCAAGGAGGAGCUGACUGGUGCACUGUGCUUGGGAGUUCACUACCAGUGAGUAGCGCCUGCGAACCCCAUCCCCCACUCGACACUCCUCGAUGCCAGCUUUAUUAUACAGGAGGUUCUCGACUGACGAUGGGGUUGUUCCGAAGAACCCAUUGUAAGUUGCAAAUGUCAUAAGUCGAAUAUGAAUAUAUUAUAAAUAAAGGCAAAUAACUAGUCACUAAAUAAAUAAAUAAUUACUGUAACUAAAAUACCAGUAUUGAAAAGUAAAUAAAUAAAUACAAGUUUAUCAUAUCAAUAUAUGUAUAGUCCUGUACAAAAGUUUGAUGACUACUAAAUGUACAACGCUAUCUCACCAUCGUAAAGUCAAAAUAUCGUAAGUCGUGCCAUCGUAAAGUGAAGAGCCCCUGUACAGUAAUUUGUUCAGUCACAGGAAUUGCAGCCAUCCUCGGGUAUGGAACAAAAUAUUUUAUAAAUCAGGAGGGAUAUUGGGAUAGGGCUCUAAAGGCUCCUAGAACAGGAUGUUUAUGCGCGCUCUCUUGCAGACACGUGAGCUGGUAGUGCAAGGUUGCCUAACUCUGCAACUGGAAUCUUGAUCCCAACCAAUGAUCACCCCAGUUUUAUACUGUCUUUUUUUUUUCCUAGAUGAGAUUAGAAAUUGAUGACUAUUGUAUUCCUACUUUUAUAAGCCAUAUAGUCAAUCUGGAAGGUCUGAGUACUUUUAUAUACUUAGUCGUUACCUCUGCAUUAGCCAAAGGCGGUUAAAUCCUAAGGCAGUUCGGUAAACUCUCAAUUUAACAAAUUUUGCAAAUACUGGACAAAAUCUGCCGGGUCAGUUGAUUUGGAACCACCAAACCUUGUUCAUAGGUCUAGAAUUGUUUAUUAUUGUUAUAAUCUCAACAAAACAGUCUCGUCACUAUCCGCCACAGUCACCAUUACUAGCUACCCGCACCAAUCUAUUAGUCUGUUAAAUUGAUAGUUUACUGUACAUUCGUUAUUCUCGAUAUCGUCCCAGGGUACGGGGACAACUUUGUGAUUACAGUCUCUGAUUUUGUAUAUAAGGGCUUUGUAAUUUUAAGUGAUUUGCCUUAGUAUAAUUUUGCAUUCGUGGGAGUGAGCCCAGUGAGAGUAAGAUACCUGAGAGUGUGUGAGUGUCGAGUUCUCUGCGUGAUGCCAUGUGUACCACUGAAAUAUCUUUUAUGCACUAUUUGUAUAUCAUGCCCAUAUUAUUUGGUAUUAAAUGAGCAUUUGAUGCCUUGUGGAAUGGAGAAAUAACACACAUUUUGUGCACUUUAUUUGUACAUCGUGCUUGUAUUAUUUGGUAUUAAACGAGGAUUUUUUAUAUGGCCUAGUAAAUGCCAUUUUUAGGGAGAAAUCAAUUGUCUUAAUGAUGUACUUGUGAGUUUGUACUGUUGUAAAUGACUUGAGAGAGUCAGGUAGUGCAGAAGUGCUCUUUAUUUGUUAUUUUUACCAAGAAGUGGAAGAACGGGAUUUUUUAAGUCGACCUUUGUGUACGUUUAGUCUCGUCAGUAUUUUAUUAUGGCCAACUUUUCUAUUUUCUCAGAUGUGUCUGUGUCUGACUUGAAUGUUGACACCACGUUAAGGUUAAGUACUAACUGCUUUGCAUUGUGAGGGGCUGAGAAGUGAAGGUAACUCCUUAAUCCAUAUCUCAAAUACCCUUAAUCAAAAUUGUACCAAUCGAAGAGUACCAUGGGAUUUGUAAAUUAGGUUUGUGUUAAGUCCCACCCGAUGCACCUGAGGUUUAUGCAAGUACAGGAAGUCCUCAAUUUAUGGACACACUGGGGACCUUCUGUAUUGUGUAUAAUAAUGAUACUAUACAUACUAAUGAUAUAUAUAAUAUUACAGAGAUUCUUAACAUGUUUGUAAGACAAGGGCUUAAUGUAUUGGGAAGGGAUGAGCGCUCUGUGAUUUUGUUCAAAUAGGUAAAUGUUGACAUUUCAAUGCUAUAACAAAAGCAGCAGGUACAGGACGGCCUUACACGUACAACACCUCUUUUCGUUGUUCCACAUUUUGUAGGCUUUCAGUUGAACUCUUGUUUAGCCAGUGACAAUUACCAGUGGACGGAACGUAAUGAACAACGGCUUAAUUCGAAGCCAGAGAAAACACUGAACACCGACAACAAGUUGCUGUACAUGCUGGGGUCUCCUGUGUAUGGGGAAUCCAUGUGGUGGAAAAUGCAGCUGUUAGAGUCCAAAGGAUUACUGAUUAACCCUUAAACGGUCCAAACAUAUAUAUACGUUUUUUCAACAUUUGAAAGUAUGUAAAAAAAAAUUUACAUCGUCUUUUUUUAUAUUUGAAAACGUGUAAAAGAAACUUUUAUCUACUUUUUAUUUUUUUAUAUAUUUGAAAAUAUGUAAAAAAAAAAGUAGAUCUACUUUUGGAGCAGUACGGAUAUGAAUGUAGAUCUACAGUGGACCCCCGGUUAACGAACUUUUUUCACUCCAGAAGUAUGUUCAGGUGCCAGUACUGACCGAAUUUGUUCCCAUAAGGAAUAUUGUGAAGUAGAUUAGUCCAUUUCAGACCCCCAAACAUACACGUACAAACACACUUACAUAAAUACACUUACAUAAUUGGUCGCAUUGGGAGCUGAUCGUAAACCGGGGGUCCACUGUAUUUGGACCGUUUAAGGCUUAAGGGAGUUUUAAGGUGAACCAGAUAUCCUGUGGUGGCGAGACAUCACUUACUCGGAACAAACUGGGACUCUUUUGCCGUACGUAGAGCUUUAGUCCUAGCUUGAUAAAACUCUACUUAACUUUCAUCAUAAUUUGAUAAAGCUUCAGUCGUCAUGUGAUAAAGCUUUACUCAGCUUAAAUCAUUGAUAAAGCCUUACACAUAUAAAAAUAUUGCUCCACUAAAAGCUCGUAUAAUAACUUUUGUCUUCAAACCAACAACUUGUCAACAAUAUUGAAAACAAGAGGAAUACAAUAUGAAAUGAGAAACAUGCAUAUUUUGCAUUAUCACGUUUCUUUAUGUUUUUCCAAACAUUAUUAAGAUAUUUGUGUGCUAGCACUGGUCAAGCUCGGCCCAUGGCCAGGCUCUUGGAGUAGACAGAUUCUCAAAACUCACUAAAGGCGUGUUUUGGUUGAGCAAUAAAAGUUAUGUACAUUUUAUAAUUGGACAGAAUAUAACUAGAAGUUUGUAAGCUCAGGAUUUAAUGUAAUUUUGGCAGUAACUCUUGAAUUACUUUAAGUGUGAAUGGUACCCAAAGUGUUGGAUUUUCUUUUUGUGUUUACUGUAAGCCCGGGUGUAUUGUCGGUGGGAUUAUUUUUUGUAAUUGCAUCAAAACUUACAAUCUAGUCACCUCUAAUAUGUUUGGCUGUUGAUUUUGUGUUUCAAAUGCAUUUCUUCAACACUGGAACAUCCAGGGAACAUGCCAGUACCAUUUCCAGUAAGUUUCUGCAACACUGGAGCAUCCUGUGGCUACUCCAUUUGCAAUUCCAAUGCAUUUCUGCAACACUGGAACAUCCAUUGGAUACUCCACUUGCAAUGCUAGUUUAUUUCUGCAACACAAGCAUUAAUUUUGGAGAAACGAGUUACCUUGACCUGGUGCAACCUCAAACUUCUCGACCACCGUCAUGGACGACCUUGUAAAUUUUCUACCAUGUGAGAAAUAAACCAAAGAAUUAUCCAACAAUCCUCUUAUCCAGACUGACAUCUUGUCACAUAUUCAAUGAAGUCACACACUCAUA